CAUCUGAACUCUGAAUGUUCAAGAUGCCGUUUUCCGAGGAGCAUAGAAAACUCCCAGUAGGGGUGGCCGAUCUCCUGGCGUUUUCGCAGUGUGAGCCAUCACUGGCAGUCUCUAGGUGGGCAACCAGGCAGCGUGUCAGCGGUGUUUUUGGCAUUCAGAACCCAGGCCAGCAGGCUCCUCCCUCAGCCAUUCCAACAAGAAUCGACCGGUUUUUCAGUGCAGAGCAUCCGCAGGUUGGAUAGCCUUUCGUCGCGCUUGCUUGCAGGGCGAAUCAAGAAUAGCAACUGAGUUCAUUCGCAUCCUCGCUAUAGCGCAGCACCAUGGGAAGCGACGACGAUGCCGGAACGGAGACUCCCACCCACGCCGCUCCUGUUUCUUUCCAGCGAAAGCCGUUCAAGCAGCUGCACCUGCACAACCCCUCCAGCCCCGCGCCGCCGCGACAGCCGCUGCACCCUGCUCCCGGCUCCGCGGCGAAUGCCCGGCAUCGUUUCAACCCGCCUUCGACGGCCACUGCGCUGACAUAUAACGCUAAAUCACAGGCGGCGGCGGAAGCGGACGAGACGCGGUACUACAGCGUGAUGUACUGCCCGCGGAAGCCGAACGCGAAGCGCAAGGGCCCGUGGUCGGACGGGCUGCUGAGCGUGAAGGGGCGCGCGUGCGCGCUGCAGAACAUGGACGCCAAGAGCGUGUCCAAGGCGCUCGUCAGCGGGUGCAAGGACCUCAAAGAGGGCUCCACGCUCGAGGUGGGCAAAUUCGAGUUGGAGGUGAUGAGUGAGGUGCCCCGGGAGCAGUUCCUCGCCGGCUCCUUCUUCAUCCCCGCCACCGCUGCUGCCGCGGCUGCGACCCAGCCUCCCGCAGCCACCUCUCGAAUGGGCUAUUCUGCUGGCAAGGACAGGAAGCGGGCUGCAGAGAGCAGUGGAAGGAGUGGUGGGAACCCUGGCGAGGGGGUGGCGGCGAACAAGAGAGCAGCCAGCAUGGAAAGUCGCUUGCGGCUAGGCAACGAGGAUGCAUUGCGUCUCAACCCAACCCAGAACGGAACGGGAAUCACCAAGAUCUAUCUUGACCCUUACGUCGGCACGCGCAUGCGACCGCAUCAGGUGGAGGGCGUGCGCUUCAUGCUGGAGAGUGUGCUCGAGGUGCGCGUGCCCGGCUGCUCCGGAUGCGUGCUGGCAGACGAAAUGGGCCUUGGCAAGACUCUUCAAGUCAUAGCUCUCAUCUGGACACUUCUCAAACAGGGCCCUCAGGGCCGCCCUUUCCUGCGCAAGGCAGUGGUGGUGUGCCCGUCCUCGCUGGUCGACAACUGGGGGGCCGAGUUCCGCAAGUGGCUGGGCACGGAGAGGCUCAAGGCGCUGGUGGUCAACUCCAGCUUCACUCCCACUGAGGUGAAGGGCAAGAUAGCAGACUUCAAGCACGGCGUCGUGUGGCCCGUGCUCAUCACCUCCUACGACCUGCUCCGCCGCCACGCCGCCCUCCUCGCCGCUGCCGCCCCGCAGCUGCUCGUGUGCGAUGAGGGGCACCGGCUCAAGAACUGUGCGGGCAACAAGACCAUCACCGCACUGCAACAACUGGGGUGCCCUCGCAAAGUGCUGCUGACGGGCACGCCCAUCCAGAACGAUCUGAACGAGUUCUUUGCUCUGCUGGACCUGGUGAACCCGGGGUGCCUUGGCCCGCUGCCCGCCUUCCGCCGCAUCUUCGCUGACCCCAUCCAGAGAAGCCGCGACCGCAGCGCCACAGAGGAGGAGGUGCGGCUGGGGGAGGCUCGGUCGCAGGAGCUGCAGGCCAAAGCAGCGGCGUUUGUGCUCAGGCGCACGGCUGCUGUCAAUGCCGCGUACCUGCCGCCCAAAUCUGAGUACAUUGUCUUCUGUCGACUGCAUCCGCAGCAGGCACACAAGUACUCUGAAUUCCUGCAGUCAACGCACGUGCGCUCUCUACUCUAUUCCACCGUUGGCACCACCACAGCCAGCGCCCUGACGGCCAUCUGCCACCUUAGGAAGCUCUGCCUGCACCCCGCCCUCGCCGCCACUCCCAUGUCUUCCACUCCCGCUGCCCGCCGCACCCGCUCCCCCUCGCCUGCUGCCUCGGCCUCUGCUGGCUCUGGUGAUGUGGAGGAGGAGGAGGGGGGAGAUGAGGGGCAGUGGGCUGAGGGGAUGGUGGGAGAAGAGGAGGAUGUGGAGGAGGAAACCGAGGAGGGGGCAGCAGAGGGCGGAGAGGUGGGAGGAACGGGUGGCAGGAACCAGGCAGGGCAGAAACAUGGUGGCUUCAGGCGCCCAUCCAUGCUCCCCCAGCCGUCCCCAUCCGCCCCAGGCGCGCCUCUCUCGCGCACAGCAGCAGCAGCAGCCUCUGCUGCGGCCCUUAAAGCCCUGGGGCCCGAUGUGUGGCGCCUGAGCGGCAAGCUGCACGUGCUGGCCAUGCUACUGCGUGCAGUGUUCGGGGAGAAGGCAGGGGCGAGGGGGAGCGAGGGGAGUGCCGAGUCUAGUGUUACUGAUGGUAUCAGUAACAGCCGCGUUCAGGACAGUGGUGGCGGUGGCGGUGGUGGUGGCAGUGGGGAUAAAGUGGUGAUAGUGUCGAAUUUCACACGGGCGCUUGAUGUGAUCGAGGCCAUGUGCGCGUCCCACGGGUGGAAGACCACGCGUCUGGAUGGCAGCACGGAGGCAGCGACGCGGCAGGCGCUGGUGUGUGCGUUCAACGCGGGGCGGGACGGCAGCCGCUGCUUCCUGCUCUCGUCAAAGGCGGGCGGCGCUGGCCUCAACCUCGUGGGCGCCAACCGCCUCGUGCUCUUCGACCCCGACUGGAACCCUGCCAAUGACAAACAGGCCAUGGCGCGAGUAUGGAGGGACGGGCAGAGCAAGCCUGUGGUGAUCUACCGCCUGCUGGCCACGGGCAGCAUAGAGGAGAAGAUCUUUCAGCGGCAGCUGAUGAAGGGCGAGGUGGCCAGUGCGGUGGGCGACGGCAGCACUCAGCAGGGCUGUGCCAGCGGUGCCAGUGGGAGAAGUGGAGGCAGCAGCAGCAGCAGCAGCAGCAGCAGCAGCAAGGGAGGGGCGGGUCACUUCACCAAGGAGGAGCUGCGCGAGCUCUUCACUCUGGAGCAGGCCACUGCCUGUGACACUUUGGACCUGCUGCUUCGCUCCAACUCUCCCCUCUCGGCCAAAUGGCUCGCUGCUGCCACCACGGAUGCUGCUGCUGCUGGAUCCACCAUCACUGGCAGCGCCACCUCUAGCUCUGCUGCUGUUGUAGCCGCGAUGAGCAGUGGGGGAGGGAGACUGGCGGCUGGCAUUGCAGAUGAUCCCUUGAGAGAAGUGACUGGUAUGUGCGAGGGGGUCACAUUUGUGUACCACGAGAAAACAGGGUUCGAAGGCGGCACAGAGAAGACCAUCGUAGAGGCGCGUGCUGGCAGCAAGGGGCUUGCAAGUAAGCAGGGAGCACAACACGGCAGAGAAGGGACGGGACGGUGCAAAGAGGAGGAGGAAAUCGAGGAAGAGGAAGGCAAUGUUGUUCCAGUGAUAAAAGCUGCUACUGGUGGGGGGAGUGGUGGUGCUGUGGAGACAGGCAUGUGCACGGAGAGGGUGGGACAAGCGUACACUUGUGAGGGCACAGGCGGCGGGGCGGCAGGGGACCUGCAGACCUUCGACACCCUUGAGGGCGUGGCGGAUGACAUGAUGGAAUUGUUUGGCUCAGACGUGUUCUGAGAGUGUGUUAGUAUGUGUGGGUUUAUAGCUAAGGUGCGUGACGGAACUUCUGUUGAUUGCCAGGAAUGCAUUACUGAACCAUGUGCAGGAGACUGAUGCUUGAAAGCCACUAUGCUUGAACAAGGCAUACAUUGGGUGACAAGAGAGUGCACUUUGUUAAAAGGCUAGCUUAGCUAGGAAGCUAGGAAAGGCAUGAGGUUUAGCUAGGAGGAGCCAUGGAGUGGCGUGAGGUUUAGGAAGGAGAGAAGUUGAG